GUCUUACGGAACCUUUUAUAUAAUAAUCACAGUUGUUGAAGUGAUUAUUAUAAAUAAUAUCAGUUAGAGUAUUAAGUGAGAUUUUUUUAAAGUGUCCUAUUUCUACAUAUUCGUUUGGAUUUCAAGUUUCAUUUGAUAAAUCAAGACCUAAAAAAUUUCAUAUUUGGCGUCAUCAGCAUUAUCACCGUCAUGGAAGAAUCGCAGCAACAACAAUAUUCAGCAGCCUACCAUUUAGGACAAUAUAACAACGUAACCUUUGAAUAUAAUCAUAACGAUAAAAUUAUAAAUACGAAAACCAUAGAUGGGAAAUCUGUGGAUAUUGUUAUUUUACCGAUCAACAAAACGGUACCACUUGAUUUCAUACCUUCAAAAGAUUUGAAUAAGUUACAUCAAUUUCCGGCAAUAGCAUCUAGUAUAACGUUAUUCGGUACUAAUCCUAAUCAACCCAUUGAAAUAUUAACAAUUAAAAAAAAGCAAACCGCAACUGCCGGUGAUGAAGUGACAACAUACAAAACUCACGUUUACUCUAAUACCAAUAGCGAUAGAAUCAUGUAUCACACGUACAAUGGACGUUUAAUAUGGAGUCAACUUUUGAGUCUUGUAUUAAAAAAAGAAGAUGCAGAUACGAUAUACAAAGGUGCGCCGAUAUUCUCGUCUAGUACAAAAAAAAUUGUAUCCUUUAUAACUACUCGUGAAGAGUACACAACUAUGGAUGGUGAAGAAUUUGUUAUUUUUCCGAUAACAGGAAUCAGACCUAAUGGCUGUUCUUCAGGACAAUCUCUACACGAUUCCACCGAAGACAUUUUACAAGAAGACACCCAGGGUAAAUUUUCUAUAUACGGUAGGCGUAUGAUGCCGUAUGCUGAAUUAAAAAAUUACAUUGAAACAGUCACGACUCCGGAAAAUAUCAAAAACAGCCGAACGGAAAAACAUGAAUCUGCCGUAUUUUAUGAUAAUGUUGGUGUUACUUUCACAUGUUUUCAGGGUGACGUUGAAAUUGCAAGAACUCGAGUCGGAUGUAAAUUAAUAAAACCCUCCAUGUAAUUGUAAUUUAAAAAA